CAAAAGGACAGCCAGCGACCACGUGUUCGCGUUACACUAAUUGAAUAAAGCCUUUCGUUAUGUCGGGGCAAAAUGGGUCUAUCAGGCUUGAGUUUCCGGAAUUUGACGAUUCCAUAGAUAGGAUCGAAUAUGGUAUCGAAAUGAUGUUAAAUAGUGUUCCUGCGAUUCUUCAACAUCACAAAAUCGAUAUCAAGAGUCGUCAUGAGAUGGAAAUUGUUGAGGAACAAGACUGUGAUUCCUUCUUUGAAGUGAACUAUGACGUUGCCAGUGCUAAAUUUGAUCAAACUAUAAUAGAUGCGAUGAGGGCCUAUUUAUUCAGUUUGAAUGCAAAUUGGCCACGGCCUUACAUCGUUCUUCAUGGUUCGGAUUUUUGGGCAAAAACACUAGAUUGCUAUAUAGAGGUCCCAUUGGCAGCAAUGUAUUUUGGAAAUAUUCAAGGAUACACGUAUAUCAGUCAUUGGCAAAUUUCAUUUUCUGGCAAAAAAAUAUCGGCAGAUGCGAAUGAGCUUCUGAACAAGAUAGUUGCCGAAUUUGAAUUCGAUAGGGCUGAUAUGAUAACUGUGACGUUUCAAUGUUUGAAGAGGAAGAGAAUCAACUAUCAAACUAUUAUCCGAAAGGACACGAUUCGUCGAAUUAUCGUCGAUCCUCAAGUUGACAUGAACAAGACACGUAUACAUUUCGAACUCAAUUGCCCACCACUCAUUAGACAAGGAUCUGUAGAUGAUGAUAAGCCAUCGACUCAAAAGCCUUUCUAUAAACGUACAAAUCGAUACAGUUGCAUUGGGACGAAGGAGUACGGUUCCCCACAUGAGUCAGCCAUCUCUGAUAGUCCAUUCUUCACAAUUGAACUGCAAAAACAGGAAUCGGAUGGGAAUUCGGGAGACUCGAAUGAUACGCUAUAUCGUGUACUUUCUCGUCUACGCUCUCGAACUGGAGUCCAAAUCGAAUUUGCAAAUUUUCCAAAAGUCGAUGUUCCGAUAGGCAAGGUCUAUCCAUAUUUAAGAUAUCCGACCAGCUCGAAAUCAUAUGCAUUCGAAUGCUUCAUAUAUAACUGUUUCCCUUCAAAGAUGAAAAUAAUAGACGCCCAAUCAAUUAAUGAGAAUGACGGAAGACAAUUUGCAAUCACAUACCUAAUUGAAUGCCUAUUGUCACGGGGAGCUAUCGUCAAAGAUCAAGUACUUACAGAUGAAAUAUGCUGGGGGCAGUUCUUGGGUCUAAUUACUCACUACUACCUGGAAAAUGAUAAGCUUUGUGAAGCUGCACUUGAAGAUCUGAUUUAUUUAAUUGAUGGCAGAAAGCGGAUUGGAUCAAUUUGGAAGUGCUUUCAUAAAAUUUGCCAAAAACGUCUAGUAAUGCAGCUGACGAAUGGUAUGUCAGAACAAGAGAUCGAAGAAGGAUAUCAACGAGUCCGAAAAGUGAUCUUCACACCGACAAGAGUGAUUUAUACUCCACCCGAGAUGAUUAUGGGGAACCGAGUACUAAGAAACUUCGAUAGAGAUGGAACUCAUGUGCUCAGAGUUACUUUUAGAGACGAUAAUAAUAGAAAAAUGCGAGCGAAUGCAACUGGCGAACUACUUGACAUUUGUGUCAAGAAAUACUUGGAGCACGGAAUUGUAGUGGCAAAUCGGGAUUUUGGGUUCUUAGGAUGCUCGAGCUCACAAAUGAGAGAUAAUGGUGCAUACUUUAUGGUUAAAAAUACAGAUAAUCGACAUAAAAACGCAUGCAAAAUGAAUUCAAAGUUCAAACCGAACAUUGAUUCAGUUCGAAAUCAAUUGGGUAAUUUUUUGCAAAUCGAAAAUAUUCCGAAGUUGAUGGCAAGAUUAGGUCAAUGCUUUACUCAGAGCAGGCUUACUGGUGUCAGCCUAGGACCAGACAACUAUUGUUUGACACACGAUCUAUCGGGCGGAAGAUCAUCAAAUGGAAGCGAGUACACAUUUUCUGACGGAGUCGGAAUGAUGAGCUACGAGUUUGCUCAAGAAGUAUCUCGAUUGAUGUCAUUCGGAAGAUCCGUUCCAAGCUGUUUUCAGUUUCGAUAUCGUGGAAUGAAGGGUGUUCUUGCCAUUGACCCGCUUUUAGACAAAGAACGUAAUUGGCAGGAGAAGCAUGGAAUCUCAUUGUCCAAGAAUAUCAAGUGUGUGUUCCGUCCAAGUCAAAUAAAAUUCGAGGGCAAGCAAAUUCUCGGAGACCAAGUGGAAAUGGUAAAGUACUCGUCGCCGGUGCUGGUUGCUCUCAACAAACCAUUAAUAAACAUUCUCGAUCAAGUUUCCGAAAUGCAGUCAUUAGAAUGUCAUCGGAGAAUAACGAGUAGGAUCGAGGAAUUGAUGGAUUUGCAGACACUUUCAUUUGCCAAGCAGAUGACGGAUGAGGCAUGUUUUAGGAACAAGCUGAAGGAGUUUCCCCGUAGAAUCGAUAUUGAUUACUUGAGAACAAUUUGGGGAUUCACAUUGUCCAAUGAACCAUUCUUCAGAUCCCUUGUCAAGGCGUCAAUCAAGUUUGCUAUCACCAAACAACUGUUCAAAGAGCAAAUCCAAAUACCCAGCGAGCUUGGUCGAUCGAUGCUUGGCGUUGUCGACGAGACUGGGAUUCUACAAUACGGACAGGUCUUUGUUCAAUACACGAAAAAUCACAGGAACAUACUCCCACCUCGAGAUUCCAAUCGGAAAGUUCUCGGUAGUGAGAUUGUUACUGGAACCGUGCUGCUCACUAAAAACCCGGGCAUAGUUCCCGGGGAUGUUAGGAUCUUUGAAGCCGUCGACAUUCCAGAACUUCAUCACUUGUGUGAUGUAGUUGUAUUCCCACAGCACGGUCCAAGGCCUCAUCCAGAUGAAAUGGCAGGAUCGGAUUUGGAUGGAGAUGAGUAUUCUGUCAUUUGGGAUCAGAAAUUGCUACUCGAGAGGAAUGAGGAGGCGUUUGACUUUGCGGUGGAGAAAAACUUACAGACAUACGAGUGGGAAGACAUUGACGACUUGAUGCGAGAUGUCUAUGUCGAGUAUCUCAAAAAAGAUUUGGUAGGGUUGAUCGCGAACAGCCAUCUCCACAACUCUGAUCAGUAUGGAUUGACUUCAAGAGUAUGCAUGAAUUUGGCUAAGAAAAGCUGUCAGGCCGUUGAUUUCUCAAAGUCUGGAAAACCCCCAGAUGAGCUGCAAACAACAUGGAAGACUGAUGACGCCACCGGUGAGAUGAUCCCACCGGAACGAGCCGAGAGAGUACCUGACUAUCACGUGGGAAGCGAUCAUAUGCCAAAGUAUGUCAGUCCAAGACUAUGUGGAAAACUGUUCCGAGAGUUUCAAGGAAUUGAUAAUGCCAUGAAGAUCUCUGAAGAAAAGUCGGAGCAGUAUAAGAUUGAAGUUGACGAGAGUAUUCGUGUCGAUGGUUUUGAGGAGUAUAUGGAAGACGCAAAGAAGCAGCUGGCCAGUUACAAUGGGCAGUUGAAGUCCACAAUGGAUACAUACGGUAUCCAGUCUGAAGGUGAAAUCAUGUCAGGAUGCAUUAUUGAAAUGAGAAAUCGAAUUUCGGACUCGGAUCAAGACGAUAUGUCAUUCUACAACACUAAUCGAAUGAUUGAGACGAAAAUGACAGCUUUAGUGUCCAAAUUUAGAACUAUUUUCUUCCAGCAAUUUGGCGGAUUCCAAGAAGUUUGUACACUCUUGCCGGAUGCUUACAAUGAGAGCAACUUCUUUAAUUUCCGUUGUGAGAAUCCGAAUGAGGAGAUUAGAAAGAAAGCCGUGGCUUGGUAUCGGGCUUGUUAUGAGUGCGCCAAAUCCACUCGUGAACCUCGGAAGCUUUCAUUCGCCUGGAUUGCAUAUGAUGUCAUAGCCAAGAUCAAAGAAACUAAAGUUUUGGAAAAUGUAGAAAUGAACAUUGGCGGAGCAAAUCCCAUGUACACUUAUCUAGAGCAUCACAGAGCACGAUACAUAAAUGAUCACGUCGAUGAUUUCGAGAAAUUCCGCAGGAAUUUAGACAAUUUAAUCACCGGCAAGGAAUCGAAAAAAGCAGUUUUCAUUCUGCAAAGAUACAUUUACAUGAUACCUGGAUUGGAUUCGGUGAUGUUUGUGCUGAUGCGAUGGGGAGAAGCAUUGGAAUUAUUUGAAGGAAGAUCAAUGAGUAUUUAUCACUUUCUCCUCAUGUUCAUCAUGUUUUCAACUGGACAGCUAGCAUCGGCUGACGGGAAUGCGGAACAAUUCUUUGGGAAACUUGAUGUGGAAGAGUAUCGGAGAAGAAAGAAAAAUGGAACUUUAGAGCCAGAUAUUCCGCUUACUAGGCAUCAGCGGUCGGACAUGAUGUUCAAGUUCUUCCAACUCAUGGGAAGUCGAAAGUUCCGAACAAUGCGGUCCAUCUCCUUCCGCCCACUUGGUUUUUCGUCCGUCUUCAUGAGUGGCGAGUGGAUGGUAUUCCAUGAGCCGGCUCUAAAGACAUACUAUAAUAUUAUGUUCAAUCUACGAUUCGAAGAGCUUCCAAUAUCAACUGAUCCGACAACCACACAUGAGACAAGACUCCGAGAGUGUGAGCCAUUUGUGAUUGAGUUACCAGAAAAAGCAAAUAUGGAUAUGCUGAUCAAAAAACUAACAGAAAAAUCAAAAGUCUCUCAAUUGAACUUGCGUCGGCAAGACAAAAACAAGAAGACGUCAAACUCUACAGUUCGCUACAUUGUCUCUGCCUCGGGAACAUUUGAAUCAACUCAGCAGCUCAGAAAACUCGUAACCGUCACGAGUCCAAUCAAAAAUCACUGGGAAGGACAAGAUUUGGCACAACAAAUGGCUAAUUUUUGUUAUCUUAAAAUUAUGAAAGACGAUCUUUGAUUUUGCAUUUUUGUUUUUUUUGUAUGUAGAAUAAAAGUUUACUGU